AUGUCGGCAGAAGUCGCAGAGCAACCGUCUGGACCACCGGCACGGCAGGUCGUAUAUUGCGGAGUUUGCAGCUUACCGCCAGAGUACUGCGAAUUCGGUGGGACGGUCAAGAAGUGCGAAGAAUGGCUGCUGAAACAUCACCCUGAUAUGCACCAGAAGUUGUACUCGGCCGAAGCCCUAAGUGCGAAUCUAUCAGCACUGUCGGUCGAAGCACAAAAACGAGCGGAGAAAGACGCGGCGAAGAAGACUGCCAAAGCUGAGGCGGCGGAGCAGCGCGAGGCGGAGAGGAAGGCCGAGGCCGUGAUUCUGAUCAAACGGGUCGAGCGGAACAAGAGAAAAUAUGUCACGGUGGUGUCGGGCCUGGAGGAGCAUGGACUUGAACUGAAGAAGGUGGCCAAAGAACUGGGGAAGAAGUUCGCGACGGGGAGCAGUGUUACCAAGACGGCGAGUGGAGGGGAAGAGAUUACGGUGCAGGGCGAUGUGAGUGAUGAUUUGUAUGACUGGUUGACGGAGAAGUAUCCUGAGAUUCCAGAGGACAACAUCGAUAUGAAGGAUGAGACGAAGAAAAAGAGUGCCAGUUGA